GCUCCGUCACGAGACCGUGGAUGAUUGUUAGUCAUGGGCGACGAAGCGUUUCUGCUGGUUCUUCAGCCUUAGCUGGCUAAUUUUAGCACCUUUAAAAAUAAGUUUUGUACUUUUUUUUUUUUUUACCACCACUGACAUGGCUAACAACAUAGCGAAGAAGGUCUCGUGGUCUGGAGAAGGGACGCCGCUUCUGAACGGGGCCGAGGAGAGCAGAUACAGCGGGCAGCCAUCUGGAGGCAAUAUGUUUCACAUAGGCAGGAUGAGCACUGUGGAUCUGGAGGAGGAGGCUAUAACGGCAGAAGAGCAGGACCCUGUGAGGCACCGACCGAGUGAAAUUCCGCACAAUGAGAAUUUGCUUUCGCUCAAAUAUGAGAGUCUGGACUACGACAACAGCGAGAAUCAGUUGUUUCUGGAUGAGGAAAGGCGCAUGAGUCACAUGAGCUUUAGAUGUCUGGAGAUCAGUCGCUGGUUCAUUUGCGGGCUCAUCGGCAUCCUGACGGGACUCAUCGCUUGCUUCAUCGAUGUCGUGGUGGAGAAACUGGCUGGAUUGAAGUACGACGUGGUCAAGGAGAACAUUGAGAAAUUCACCGAAGAUGGAGGUCUGUCCGUCUCUCUGAUCCUGUGGGUGGUCCUCAACUCGGCCUUCGUCAUGUUCGGAGCCAUCAUCGUCGCUUUCAUCGAGCCCAUCGCUGCAGGAAGUGGGAUUCCACAGAUCAAGUGUUACCUAAACGGAGUCAAGGUCCCACGAGUCGUCCGGCUUAAGACUCUGCUGGUGAAAGUGUGUGGUGUGAUCUGCUCAGUGGCUGGAGGUCUCGCUGUGGGGAAGGAAGGGCCAAUGAUUCACUCGGGAGCCGUCGUGGCAGCCGGAGUGUCCCAGGGCAGGAGCACGUCUCUCAAAAGAGACUUAAAGAUCUUCGAGUAUUUCCGCAGGGACACGGAGAAAAGGGAUUUUGUCUCCGCCGGAGCUGCUGCUGGAGUUUCUGCUGCCUUCGGAGCUCCUGUCGGUGGAGUCCUGUUCAGUUUAGAGGAAGGGGCAUCUUUCUGGAAUCAGAUGCUCACCUGGAGGAUUUUCUUUGCAUCGAUGAUCUCCACCUUUACCUUGAACUUCUUCAUGAGUUUCUACAAAGGGAAACUGGGCGAGCUCUCCAACCCUGGUCUCAUCAACUUUGGCGGGUUUACCUUGGAAAGUGUGCAGUAUAGUAUCUAUGAGAUUCCUCUGUUCAUAUUAAUGGGAGCCAUCGGUGGCAUUCUGGGAGCGCUGUUCAAUGUCCUCAAUUACUGGCUGACUAUUUUCCGAAUCAGGUACGUGCACCGACGGUGUCUGCAGGUGAUGGAGGCCAUGCUGGUGGCUGCUGUUUCGGCCACCGUGUCCUUCACCAUGAUUUAUUUCUCAACCGACUGCCAGCCACUGAAGGACUCAUCGGAGGAAUAUUCUCUACAGCUCUUUUGUGCUGAUGGAGAAUUUAACGCAAUGGCAACGGCGUUCUUCAACACACCUGAGAAGAGUGUGAGGAGUCUGUUUCAUAGUCCACCAGGCACUUAUAACGUGCAGACUCUGGGACUCUUCACCCUGACCUAUUUCUUCCUGGCGUGUUGGACGUACGGCCUGGCCGUGUCAGCGGGGGUCUUCAUUCCCUCGCUUCUCAUCGGGGCGGCAUGGGGGCGACUCUUCGGCAUCCUGCUCUCCUUAGUGUUCCCCAGUAAAAAUACAAUUUUUGCAGAUCCAGGAAAGUACGCCCUAAUGGGAGCCGCGGCCCAACUCGGAGGCAUCGUCAGAAUGACCCUGAGCCUCACGGUCAUCUUGGUGGAAGCUACCGGUAACGUGACCUACGGCCUGCCCAUCAUGCUGGUGCUGAUGACUGCCAAGAUCGUGGGGGAUUAUUUCAUAGAAGGCCUUUAUGACGUACACAUUAAGCUGCAGAGUGUUCCAUUCCUCCACUGGGAAGCCCCUGCUACUUCUCACUGGCUGACUGCCAGAGAAGUCAUGAGCUCUCCGGUCACGUGCUUUAGGAGAGUGGAGAAGGUGGGCACCAUAGUGGACGUCCUCAGCGCCAUGUCCACUAAUCACAACGGUUUUCCUGUAAUCAUGCAGGCUGGCACAGAUGACGAGCCUGGGAAGCUCUGCGGCCUCAUCCUCCGCUCUCAGCUCAUCGUCCUGCUCAAACAUAAGGUGUUUGUGGAGAGGGCGCACUCUCAAUUGGGCCGGCGCAGACUGCGGCUAAAGGACUUCAGGGACGCGUAUCCCCGUUUCCCCCCCAUCCAGUCUAUCCACGUCUCCCAGGAUGAGCGAGAGUGCAUGAUGGACCUGACGGAGUUUAUGAACCCCACCCCCUACACCGUACUUCAGGAGACAUCCCUCCCUCGUGUGUUUAAGUUAUUCCGGGCGUUGGGGCUCAGGCACUUGGUGGUGAUUGAUGAAGCGAACAGGGUCAUGGGUCUGGUGACCAGGAAAGAUCUGGCGCGUUACCACCUGGGCAAGCACGGCCUGCUGGAGGAGAUGGACCUGGCUCAUCCGUGAUCUUCACCUUCCCUCUGGUGGGAAAGCAGCUCCAUCACGUCGACUGGGUCUCAACAGUCACAGUACAAAUACUCCAGCUUCUGUUCCAGACUUGGAACGAUCUCAGAUGUGAUCAGUAGUCACAAUGUAUUUCAGGAUUUGGUGAAGGAAAUCAGCACAUUGUCACAUCUCCUUGGAAUAUCUUCAUCUCUCGCAUCAUUACGUGCUCAAACUACGGCUCAGGUGGAAUUGUGAAAUAUAUGCUUGUCCGUUUACCAGAAUAGCACAUGUUUGGUUUACGUUUAGGCUUGUCUUUAUUUAUUAUGUUCUUUUCAAAAUCUAGACAUGAUGGUAGUGUGCCAUUUAAUGGAUGUAGCCAUGUUUUUCGUGUUUUAUGUCUUUCCUUAAUUUCAGUGUGCCUUCUAGGUUGCUCCGCGGCGUUAACACUGGAUCUUCGUUAAGGGUUCGGAUUCAGGUAGCUCUCAAAGCCUUAAGAUUUAUUAGAUGUCAAAUUGCUGCUUUUUGUUUUAAGAAGUUGUAGAUUAAAAUGCCAAUCGUUUUGAGCGUGAAUGUAGUCGAUAUCUACUGUAUCCUAAAUCCUUUCUGUUCAUUAGAAAGCAUCACACGAUAAAAAAAAAUCUUAUUCAUUCCGGCCCAUAGUGUGCCAAUCAAAAUACACACUUUUUAAAAUAUAUUUUAAAUAAGGUACAAAGUUUAAUAAUAAUUCCACUUGUUCUUAACAGUUAUUUUGCACAUGUUGCGGCCUGGUUUUUAAAUUUCACCAUUGUGAACUUUUGCACUAAAAUAAAUAAAUGAACCAAAUUUAAUAAAAGCGAAUUUGCUGCUUUGAGGUCUUUGAUGUAUCAUGAAAAUUUUAUCUUGAUAUUGAACAGAUAUAUUUCAAGCAGUGUUGAAUUAUAGACCUACCCUUUCAAAUACUUAUUAUUAUUAUUAUUAUUAUUAUUAUUAUUUAUAUUAUUAUUAUUUUCAUAUGUUGACAUAAAUGUGACUAGCAAGUAGUGCAUAAUUAUUUUCCAUUUUGUACAACAAACCAAAGGACAAUUAACACAAUUUUCAUCAUGUACAGCAUAUGUUUUAAACAUAAUAGCAUUUCCUUGGUUCAUUGACAAGUUUUUACAGUGUUGAAAUAUAUUUGUGGACUAAUAAUUUGUUGCAAAUAAAACGUUGC